AAGCAUUUUAAUCUCUUAACCCAAUAUUCAUUGAUAAGCUAAGCGUAAAAAGCGGUAUAAAAAUAAAUGAGAAUAUUAGUGAGGAAACAGUUUCAUAUACAGAACACAAUAAACGGGAUUACUAACAUAGUAAAAUGAAAAUUUAUAAAUUGUCUUUUGUUGGGAUGCUUUUCAUCUUAGCCCAAUCGUGCUUUACUAGUCCCACUCCAAACACGGAAUUACAUAACUGUGAUCAUGAGUUUAAUAAAGAGAAUAAACUUUAUAAGAUUGCUCUGAAAGACUUUGUCGAACGUUUGAUACCGUUCUGUAAACGAUAUAUCGAUUUAUUAGAAGAAGCCGUCGAGGAUUUGAAAACGAAUAAAAACACUGCCAAAUACGAGGAUGUUAAAAAGCAACGGGAUCUAGUUUCUACACACUUCGAACACUUUAAAGACUCCAGCCCUGCAGAAGCUUUUAAAGGCUUCUUAAAAUUUGAAAGAAGCAUUUCGGGACACGGCAGUACCGUUGAAGAUGUGUUUUCAAAACACGGCAGUGACGAUUUCGUUGAAUAAUUUUGCCAGAGCUUUCUUGAAUAUUUUGAUGAUUUCGUUAAGAAUUUUAUUGCAUGUGCGAAGAGUUUAAGUGAAGCAGAAAACGUCGAUCACACAAAUGUUUUGGAAUGGUUCAAAGGCUUCAGGGAAGAAGAGGACUGUGGAGACAAAUUUG